AUGGCACUAGCGGCAUUGAGAAGUCGAGGUAGGGUUUCUAAGCUUAUUUGUUCGAAUAUUUUGAAUUCUGUCCCUUAUUUAUAUCAAUUGGUCUUGAGAAGUCGUCUGGCAAUGCCUCUUUCGAUGAGAGUACACUCAUUUAGCUCCAUGGAUGGUGGUCCUAUUCCAUUACCAUCAGAGCGAAGAACUACCGAGCACACGAUGAAAGAAGGUGAUGGACGAUUAUAUGACAUUGGCCCCACCCAGGUUCCUCCAGAGCCCAUACCUAAUUGGCCCUUGAGGGGCGAACGUCUUUCGCCUAGAAAGUUCCAACUUAGCGAUCACAAUGAGCAUGGCGGGGUAUACAAAUACGGAUGCGAGAAGUCUUUAACUGCCGCCAAUACCCCCCACCUGAAGAAUUUGAAGAACUAUAACAAUAGACCUUCUAGGAUAGGCGAUGAUGAUUUUCUUGAAAAAUUCAAGCUUAGAUUUGAUAAAGGGGAAAAUUUCCUUCCAAAUUCAACAACCCCUCAACUCUGCCGAGAAGCAGAGGAGGCAAAGUGGGACCACCAAGCAACACCUGAGCCACCUUUACCACCACCACCACUACAGGAUGCAGAUGAGAUCUUUAAGAAGAUGAAAGAAACUGGUCUCAUUCCCAAUGCCGUGGCAAUGCUUGAUGGCCUCUGCAAGGAUGGGCUGGUCCAAGAAGCCAUGAAACUUUUUGGUUUGAUGCGUGAGAAGCGUACUAUCCCCGAAGUUGUGAUAUACAUGGCUGCGGUGGAAGGCUUUUGCAAGGCCCAGAAACUUGACGAUGCCAAGAGCAUUUUCAAGAAAAUGCAAAACAAUGGAAUCAAUCCUAAUGCAUUCAGUUACACAGUCUUGAUCCAGGGGCUCUAUAAAGGCAAUCGGUUGCAGGAGGCCCUUGACUUUUGUGUGGAGAUGCUGGAGGCCGAUCACUCUCCGAACUUGGCUACUUUCACGGGUUUGGUUGAUGGUUUUUGUAGGGAGAAAGGUGUUGAAGAAGCCCAAAGCACAAUCACAGCAUUGAGGCAGAAAGGUAUUUUUUUUGACCAGAAAAAUGUUACAGAGUUUUUGGACAAGAAAGGACCGUUCUUGCCAUUGGUUUGGGAGGCAAUCUUGGGAAAGAAAAGCUCACAGAGAACUUUGUGA